AUGGAGAAGACCGCACUCCGACCGUCCCGAAAGGACAGCCUCUUGACUCGACGAUAUAUUGAAGGCCUCAUUGCAGAUGGAAAGCAUGUCAUGAUAUUCGAUGGCCGAGUCUUGAAGGUGGACGCAUGGCUCAAAUACCACCCUGGAGGAGAGAAGCCGAUCAAGCACAUGGUGGGAAGGGACGCGACAGAUGAAAUCAACGCGUUACACUCUCCAGAAGCCCUCGAGCGCAUGCUCUCAUACCAAAUCGGACGAGUUGAAGGCACAUGGAUCAACUUCCUUCCUCCCAUACAGGGUGGCAAGUACCGUGCCUAUGCUGAAGACACAUGCUUGAGCGACGAGGAAUCAACGGGGCAAGAAAGCUCCAGUGGCUCUAGUCAAGAUGGAUCCAUCCCUCCCUCACCGGUAUUCGAUGCGGUCGACACAAAAUCCACUGUUCGUCAAAGACAACCAACUGCCAUGACAAACACCACAUCGAAGGAACAGCGCCAAGCCAAGCCUGCCUUCUUGGAUGCAAGAACACAGGAGGAAAUCGUUCUUGACAUUGCGAAAUAUCCCUCUCUGGAUACCGCAAGCCAGGAGGAGAUCAAGCGCAAAUACCGCGAACUGAACGAGCGCAUCAAGGCCGCGGGACUCUACAAAUGCAACUACUUCAGUUAUUUCAUUGAAUGUUGUCGAUACACACUCUUCGCGGGUUUGUCCUACAUGUUUCUCCGCAUGGAAUGGUGGGCCAGCUCGGCAUUUUUCCUCGGAUGUUUCUGGCAUCAGCUUGUGUUCACUGCCCAUGAUGCCGGUCAUAUGGGCAUUACACACAAUUUCCAUGUGGACACCGUCAUAGGCAUGGUUAUUGCAGACUAUCUUGGAGGAUUAAGUCUUGGAUGGUGGAAGCGAAGCCACAACGUGCACCAUAUCGUGACCAAUGAGCCAGAGCAUGACCCUGAUAUCGAACAUAUCCCAUUUUUCGCUAUCUCGCAUCGCUUCCUCACAAGCCUCCGAAGCACUUACUAUGAUCGAAUCAUGGCCUAUGAUGCGGUGGCUCGGUUCUUCCUCAAAUUCCAAAAUUACUCUUACUACCCUAUUAUGAUGCUCGCACGAUUCAAUCUCUACGCCUUGAGUUGGGAGUAUUUGCUUAAGCGCCAAGCUCCUCGAAAAGGCCCCGCUUGGUGGCAUGUCUGGUUUGAGCUUGUCGGACAGGUGUUUUUCUGGACCUGGUUUGGCUAUGGUGUUAUGUAUAAGACGCUGCCAGAUGCCAAGAGUCGCAUCAUCUUCCUUCUCAUCUCUCACGUCGUGCCCUCUCCCCUACACGUCCAGAUCACUCUGUCCCAUUUCGCCAUGUCAACCGCUGAUUUGGGGGUUGGUGAGUCCUUCCCUCAGAAAAUGCUCCGCACCACUAUGGACGUCGACUGCCCAACAUGGCUCGACUUCUUCCAUGGAGGUUUGCAAUUCCAAGCCAUCCACCAUCUCUACCCACGCAUUCCGCGUCACAAUCUGCGUCGCACGCAGAAGUUUGUCUUGGAAUUCUGCCGUGAUACCGGUAUCCCCUAUGCCAUCUUUACCUUCUACGAUGGAAAUAAGGAGGUCAUCAGCCGACUUGGAGAAGUCGCGAAACAAGUCCGGAUUAUGGAGGAGUGCCGCAAGUCUAUUGCGGAGGGCGGCGUCUUUUCAGAUCACCACUGA